GGACUGCGCCAAAACCAAGGUCCGGAUUUUUUAGACCGGGUGACGUCACGGGGAUUCACAGACGCCUUUGACAGGAUCCAGCCAGCACGGAGAGAGGAACCAAGCAUCCCCGCAACCGAUCGUUGAUUUUGGGAGCGUUUUCAAGUCAAAUCGGGACUUUGGCGCAACAUGACUGCGCUUGUUUGUUUUUAAAGGGAAUCCCGCUGCUCCCCUGCCGGCCCCCCCACCCCCAUCCUCCACGCAAGCCCCGCCGUGGUCAGGAUAAACAACCCAGCGAACAACUACUAAUCCCCGGGACGCUGUGGGAGAGGGCGGGGGGUGGGAGGGUCGGUCCCGGUGAGAAAUGGACAGGGCAGCACCGACUGGAUUAGAUGAUCCGGAAUAAAUAAGCGAGUGUGGACGCAGCGAUCCUGGACGUCCAUAUGGUCCUUUUUGCUCGUUAUUGUUAUUAUUUGACCGGAGAUGGGGGCUUUUGCCAGCAGACAAAAUAUAGGCGUGGAAGAAGUGGACAUUCCGUCCAGUUCGGUGUACCGUUACCCACCGAAAACUGGAAGUUAUUUUGCCAGCCACUUCAUCAUGGGCGGAGAAAAGUUUGACUCCACCCACCCGGAAGGUUACUUGUUUGGGGAAAACACAGACCUAAACUUCCUCGGGACCAGACCAGUAGCGUUCCCGUAUGCGGCGCCUCCACCUCAGGAACCAGUGAAGACGUUACGAAGCCUUAUAAACAUCCGCAAGGACACACUGCGGCUUGUACGAUGCAGCGAGGACCUGAAGCUGCCCGGCGACGACGUGGCGGGUAAGCAGAGGGCCUGCUACAACGUAGAGUUCACCUUCGACUGCGACACCCAGGUGGCCAUCACCAUCUACUACCAGGCCGUAGAGGAGUUUCACAACGGGGUGCCGGUUUACCUGCCCCAGGACGGCUCCCUGCAGUCGGAGACGGUGCACUUCAAGCGGGGGGUCAGCCAGCAGUUCUGCCUGCCGUCGCACACCGUCAACCUCAGCGAGUGGGCGGACGACGAGCUGCUGUUCGACAUGGACAAGGAGGUUUUCCCCAUGGUGGUGCAGGCUGUGGUGGACGAGGGUGAGGAACAUCUGGGCCACUCUCACAUACUGCUGGCCACCUUUGAGAAGGUAAAUCCACCGCCGAGGUCUCUAAAGCACAUGGACGGCAGCUACUGCGUGAAGCCUCUGAAGCAGAAGCAAGUGGUGGACGGUGUGAGUUACCUCCUGCAGGAGAUAUACGGCAUAGAGAACAAGUACAACAGCCAAGAGUCGAAGGUCGCCGAGGACGAGAUCAGCGACAACAGCGCCGAGUGCGUGGUGUGCCUGUCGGACGUGCGCGACACGCUCAUUCUGCCGUGCAGACACCUGUGUCUCUGCAACGCCUGCGCCGACACGCUGCGCUACCAGGCCAACUGCUGCCCUAUUUGUCGACUGCCCUUCAGAGCUCUGCUGCAGAUCCGAGCCAUGAGGAAGAAAGUCAGCCCCUUGACGCCCACCAACUUCAACCCCGUCAUCACCUCACAGACGUCGGACUCCGACGAGCACUCGGCGUCCGAGCACAUCCCCCCGGGCUACGAGGCCGUGUCCCUGCUGGAGGCCCUCAACGGGCCCCUGGCCACCUCCUCCGUGGCUCCGCCCCUCCACUCCGGCCCCAGCCACGUGUCGGGGGCGCUGCCGCCUUACAGUGGCGACGCCCACCCUGCGGCCGCCCGCUCCCUCUCCCCUCUGGACCACUCCAACUCUAGUCAGGGACUCAAACUCAAGAAGAGCGGCUCCAAGUCACUUUCCCAGAAUUCCUCAGUGCUUCCCGAGGAGGAGGAUGAGAAGUCCUGCAGCGAACUCGAGGCCUGUCGCCACAAACUCGCCGUGGAUCAGCAGGAGUGCGGAGUCACUCCAGACAGCGAAAACCUGACGCUGUCCUCCUCCGGGGCCAUCGACCAUUCGCCUUGCACCGGAACCCCGCUGUCCUCCACUAUCACGUCCCCUGAAGACCCAGUGAGCAGCAGCCUGGCCCAGUCAGUGAUGUCCAUGGCGUCGUCCCACUCGCAGCACUCCCACAUCAGCACUGACACCAUGUCCUCCAUGUCAGGGUCCUACCUGGCCGGGGCGGAAGGCGAGCCCGGGGGCGGCCAGGGGGCUGACGCGGAGGACGGCGAGGAGGGGAACCGGGACGCCGCCAUGGAGAGCCGGGGACCCUCGCAGCUGGAAGGGGAGCCAACAGAGCUGAACUACUCUGCGGUGAUGGAGGAGCAGGACUCAGAGGGGAAUGAUGUCACAGAAGAGGACCGCUCCUCCUCGUCCAAUGGCAAAGGUGGGCGGAGCAGGUGUCCAGAGUUGGCCAAUAACAAUCGGGGCCUGUGUGACACGCCCUCUUUGGGCCUGGACAAUGAGCAGGCUCCCGACAGCCGAUUCGCCGGUCUCAUGUACCUCGGAGGCUACAGGCCGGUUUCGGAGCCCCACCACCACCACCACACCUCCACCAGCAACCGGGAGGAACAAGGGGUCGAGAACCGGGAGAGUCCCAAACAGCCCCGCGGACACCUCGUUGUGUAGCGCACACACACACACACACAUACACACACACACACACCCACACACCCUACUGGCACUUCCUACUUACUCAGUGCUGCAUCGCUGGAUAAGGACUGAACAGGGAACCACACCUUCUCUCCUUGGAGACGUGGUGAAGAAGACUUCUCGCUUGUCCGAGCACUUUUAUAUGUUUCUUUUUUUCCCCAGUUUUUAUUUAUUACAUGUAGGUCUUACUAACCCGGUGUUGUGACACUCCCUCAAUACCACCAGCCAAUCAGUCAGGGGCUACUGUCACCUGCACUCACCUUUACCAGCAGGCACACCACAUUGAAACAACGUUGAGAACUUGUUGGAUUAGGUCCUGACCUUGAGCAGCUCAAACAUAACGUUGAAACAACAUGAUUUUGACCACAUUUAAUCAAUGUUUGGUUCUACCGUUGAUUUGACCAUUGAAUUUAGGUCAUUUCCCAACCAAUAUUCAACAAUGCAAAUAUACAACAUUGAAAAGACAUGCUUUUUGACGACGUUUAAUCAAUGUUGGGUUCUGACGUUGAUUUGACCGUUGAAUUUCGGUCAUUUCCCAACCAGUAUCCUACAACUCAAACAUAACGUUGAAACAACAUGCUUUUUGACGACGUUUAAUCGAUGUUGGGUUCUGACGUUGAUUUGACCAUUGAAAUUUGGUCAUUUCCCAACCAAUAUCCUACAACUCAAACAUAAAGUUGAAACAACAUUCUUUUUGACGAACUUUAAUCAAUGUUGGGUUCUGACGUUGAUUUGACCAUUGAAUUUUGGUCAUUUCCCAACCAAUAUUCAACAACACAAAUACAACGUUGAAACAACAUGCUUUUUGACGACGUUUAAUCAAUGUUAGGUUCUAACUUGGAUUUGACCAUUGAAUUUUGGUCAUUUCCCAACCAAUGACCUCCAACUCAAACCUAACGUUGAAACAACAUGCUUUUUGAUGACGUUUAAUCAAUGUUGAGUUCUGUCGUUGAUUUGACCAUUGAAUUUUGGUAAUUUCCCAACCAAUAUUCGACAACACAAAUACAAUGUUGAAACAACAUGCUUUUUGAUGACAUUUAAUCAAUGUCAGGUUCUGACGUUGAUUUGACCAUUGCAUUUUGUAAUUUCCCAACCAAUGUCCUACAACUCAAACCUAGCGUUGAAACAACAUGCUUUUUGAUGACGUUUAAUCAAUGUUGGGUUCUACCGUUGAUCUGACCAUUGAAUUUUGGUCAUUUCCCAACCAAAGUCCUACAACUCAAACAUAACGUUGAAACAACAUGCUUUUUGACGACAUUUAAUCAAUGUUGGGUUCUAACGUUGAUUUGACCAUUGAAUUUUGGUCAUUUCCCAACCAAUAUUCGACAACACAAAUACAACAUUGAAAAGACACGCUUUUUGAUGACGUUAAAUCAAUGUCAGGUUCUAACGUUGAUUUUGACCAUUGAAAUUUGGUCAUUUCCCUACCAAAGUCCUACAACUCAAACAUAACAUUGAAACAACAUGCUUUUUGACGACAUUUAAUCAAUGUUGGGUUCUAACGUUGAUUUGACCAUUGAACCCCAACCAAUAUUCUACCACACAAACAUAACGUUGAAACAACAUGCUUUUUGACGACGUUUAAUCAAUGUCAGGUUCUGACGUUGAUUUCACCAUUGAAUUAUGGUCAUUUCCCAACCAAUAUUCUACAACAUUGAAACAACAUGCUUUUUACCAACGUUUAUUCAAUGUCAGGUUGUGACAUUGAUUUGACCUUUGAAAUUUGGUCAUUUUCCAACCAACAACGUGGAUCUAACGUUAGACAUCAACGUUGUCUCAAUUUACGAAUGCAACUAUUUUGCAACGUUGUUUCAGAGUCAGUUUUAAAGGACAUGUAUGUAUAAUCAACAUUGUAUCAAUGUCUUGUGCCCGCUGGAACAUUCUUAUUAUUAUUAUUACUAAUCUCCCUCCCUGGAGGCCCCGCCUCCCUCGCAUGCGUCCUCCACUCACCUCUGCUGAAUGUGAAGUGGAAACAGAGACUUGGACCAAUGAAAAGAAUGUAGGACCAUUGUCUCCCAGAAGGAGGCGCUCUCAUGUUAACUGGAAUGCCAUCCAACACGCGUCUGAGCAUGUCAGUGUUAUUAUUAUUAUUAUUAUUAUUAUUACUAUUAUUAUUGCAGCACAGCAAUGAACUUUAAAUACAUUUGGAUUUAGGGGUGUGCAAUGUGCGGUACGGGGGCCAUAUUGGAUCGCAGCUUUGGCAUAUUCUAAAAACUAUUCAAUACUUGUGAAUAGGGGUGCACAAAAAAAUUUGGAUUCUUAUGGAUCCGGAUUCUGAAUCGAUUCAUAAUUUUCAAAAAUUGAUUUAAAAAAAAAGUUACAUUUUUUAUUUGUAUUUUAUUUUAAUAAAUAAUGAUGCAUUUUUAAAAAGAUCAAUACUUAUGAAUAGGGGUGCACAAAAACAAAUUGAGAUUCUUAUCCAUACCGAUUAAUAUUAAUUAAUUAACAAUUAAUUAAUCAAUUAAUAACCAAUUAAUAUUCGAUUCUAAAAAUAGUUUAGAUUUUUUUUUCAAUUAAAUAAUUAUAAAUUUAAAAACAUUUUUUUUAAGCCAUCUGUAACCUGUUUUGAACAAGUUUCAUUACAAUUAUUAGACCAGAUUAUUAGGGCUGUGAAACUUUGGGCAGCACACGAUUCGAUUCGAUAUUUGAGGGUAAAAAUUUGAUUCAGAAUUCACUCCAUUUAUGUCAAACUAGGUUGGCUCCAAGUUCCAAAUUUUUCCCUCACUUUCUCGGCUUCAACUUGGUCCAACGUCUCACCUCGUGCUCGCUUCUAGAAGCAGCAGUUCAUCCUCAGUAUAUUCAGCCUCAAAAAUAUCAUGUUUGCAAAUCCUCAUUUGUCCAAAAAAUAGUCAUAUUUUACCAAGUCUGCCAUGAGUAGAAGACACACUCGUGUUUGAUUCUGGAAGUAGGAACACAAAGUUGUUGCCGGAAGUGGGAAGUGCGCUGCUAUGGAAACAGAAAUAAAAGCGCGAUUAUUAUGUUAUUAGGGACCGAGGACCCUAUUGAAUUUCUAGCGUUUUAUUAUUAAGCUGUAAUUUGACACCUUUAACAUGCUUCAAAGCUCACCAAAUUGGACACACACAUCAGGAUUGGCGAAAAUUGUGAUCUAAUAAAAAAUUUAAAAAAAUAAAAACUCAAAAUGCGCUCUAGCGCCCCCUAGGAAGAAAACACAGACAAAACUGCAUCUGACUCCCAGUAGGAAUGUCGUAGAGACAUGAAACAAAAACCUCUAUGUAGGUCUCACUUAGACCUAGAUUUCAUACACUGGCAACCCCCAGCAAAAAUCAACAAGGAAGUUUGCAAUCCCCCCUUCAAAACAAAAGUUGUGUAAACCUUUUUUCAAACAUUAUCUCCUCUGGGCGCGUUUGUCGUGUCGGCUUCAAAUUAGCACAGGAGAGAGAUUGAACCCUUCUGAUUAAAAGUUGAUGAAAGAGUUUUAAUUACUGCUGCGGUUUGGAUUUUAUGAGCCCUCAAAGUCGGUCCCGUCCAUCGCUGCUUGCAGCUUUAUUAUUAUUAUUAUGUCUCUCAUAAUGAUGGUGAAAAAUAGGCAAAAUUUAAAAAAAAAGUGCAGUUCCCCUUUAAAGUCACCAAAUGUAUCAAAUCGCCCCCCAAUCAGUAUCAAUAUAUAUAUGUAUUUUUAUGUGGCCCAGGUUGGAAAAAGUUUACACACCCCUGAUUUAGAUGCUAUAAUUUUGCCAUUGUAACGGGACGUGUUUUUUUUUUCCCUUGUUUUCCUUUGUUUUAGUUAAGCUUUCAGUCUUGUCUGUUUUUUGUGAUUUUACUCGUUGCAAAGCACUGUCGUUCGCUAGAACGCGGAUGAAAAGGUGACAUCUGUAAAGGUUUGCAGUUUUACGGUAGGGAAGGGGAUUCGCACGGCCCCCGUUCGUCGCCGUUUACCCGACACACGAAACGUGACAAAUUUGCCGCCAGACGACAGCAGAGUGUUGGAUAUCUUGAAAUGUCUAUGACCAGUUGCGAUGUAGAGUGGCGCUUUCCAUUAUUUUUCAGCAGACUGCAUUGCAACGUGAUUACCCCGGCCCUUUUCCUCUCACGCGAGAUCCACCCGGGAACGGGGGCCGUGUGAAAACCUUCCCUACUGCACCCACGCACACACACACACACACACAGCAAAAGGGACAUUGGUGCACUAUUAGCCGUUUCCUAGGCGACACAUGAAGCAUGAUAAGUCCGGGUCGGCCUCCCCGCAGGUGAAUAAAUGGCGGCUCCAGUCACAUGGUCACGGUCUGAAUGUGUAGGCGAGUAUAAAAAGGGGCGGCCAUAUGUAGGAAGCCACUUUUUUGUAGGACUGUAGGCGUGAAAAUGUCAGUGAGAACAUGAGACGGACAAUAAAGUUUUUUUGCAACUUAA